AUGAAUUCAGAAUAAUUUAAUCCCCAAUCUUACGAAUUAUAGAAACUGUAUUAAAUACGAGAGACUUUGCAUUAAUAGUAAAGAUUAUAAUAACUCAAUGCCUUGUUGUAAUAAUAAAGGAUGCAAAUGAUGAAUUCUCCCACUUAGUAAUAGCCUUCUGGAUUAAUUAAAUAAAUCGAUUAGACUUUUGAAACUAAUACAACCAAUUCUUCAAAAUUAACAUCUAGUAAAAAUGCCUUUUUGUUUGCUUAAAGAUUGAAAAACAAAGAUUCAAUAUAGGAACUAACUAAGAUGGUCAGAAUAUGUCCUUUGAAUACUGAACAGACCUAGGAGUUGACAUCACUAAUUACUGAAAAAUUGCUAUUGAAAUAAUAGAAGAUUGAUUAUGCUUAACAACAUAAUCUAAUCAUUUUGCAUUUGCAAAUAACCAAUAAGUUGUCUAUUGAUGUUCUACAAUUCUAUGUCUUUUUAUUUGUUAGAUUUCCUAAUUUGUUGACUAUUGUUGGAAUAAUAGAGAGUUGGUUAUCAAAUUCAGAUAAUGCCGUUGCCUAUUUGGAAGAAGUGUGUUCUCAUUUCAUUAAAGAGAUUUCAGGGACUCUCGUCUAAUUUGUGUGCAAUAAGGAUAACAAAAGUUAUUAUAAGGUAAAAGUUUUGAUUAUAAGAAAGGGCAGAUUGGAAAUGUUAAGACUAUUGAUCAAAUACAUAGGGAAUGAGGAAUUAUUGUCAGCUUUUAUCAUGUUGGAUGUUACUGAGAUGUUGGAGAAUUGUAUUGAACACCAAUUUUAUAAGGAUACUUUUAAGGUGAUUGUCACAUUUUUUGAGAAUCCCAAUUUCAGUCAUUAUGUAAUAAAUUGAGGUUUAUUGUAGAAAUCGAUUGAGAAAGCAAUUAAAAAGCUAUAUGAAAAAUUAACACCCGAAUACAAGUUGUAAUUGGAUACACUAAUAAAAGAGUAUAAAAGAACUUGUGAUAAGAACAAGGAGAAAACACUUCAGAAUUAGAAAUCAGAUGAGAUUUGA